AGCACGUGAUACUAUAAGUGUUUGAUCUGUCGGUCUUUAUUAAACUGCCGCGGUGCUUUUGUAGUGUUUACAUAAAGAACCCGUAUAUUGUGUUAAUAAUUGAAUGAUUUCUGUCUACGAUGUUUAACAAGAAAUCAUUACUUAAACACCUUGUUACUGUUAAAUCGUCUGCCUCGUCCAAAUAGAUCAUAAUAUUUGAUUUACCUGAAUGUCUUGUAAACAUGCCUGGACAGUUUGUUUGAUGAUGUUUAUAAAUCACUGAGUUUUGCUUACCUGAAGAGUCUGCUUUGAAAAUGUUGUGGAGAUCAUCUGCAUUCUUUAGACGCAGCAUUACAACUUCAUUCACCCGACUUGGCAAAAAUGAAAGCCUAUUUACAACCCAUCCUGCUGUGCAAGAGGCCCUAGCUGAUCACAGGCCAGUUGUGGCACUUGAAAGCACUAUUAUUACACAUGGAAUGCCUUACCCUCACAAUCUCAGCUAGAGAAGUGGAGGCUAUCGUAAGGGCUGAGGGUGCCAUCCCAGCUACCAUUGGAAUUCUGGAGGGAAGGAUUCAUGUGGGCCUUUCCUCGGAUGAGCUGGACUUUCUGGCACAGAGUAAAACGGCACUCAAAGUGUCCAGAAGGGACCUGCCUUACGUCAUCAGCAAGGGUCUGUCCGGUGGUACCACUGUAUCCGGAACGAUGAUUGCGGCUCACAUGGCCGGGAUUCGUGUUUUUGUAACAGGAGGCGUUGGUGGAGUUCAUAGAGAUGGAGAGAACUCACUGGAUGUGAGUGCCGACCUCACCGAACUGGGUCGAACUCCAAUUGCUGUCGUAUCCGCCGGAGUGAAAUCCAUCCUAGAUAUUGGCCGCACUCUUGAGUUCUUGGAAACUCAAGGUGUGUGCGUGGCCACGUACGGAGAUUCAAAAAGCUUCCCGGCGUUCUUCUCCCAGCAAAGUGGAUUUAGUUCUCCUUACUGUGUCUCUAGUGCUGAAGAGGCAGCGGAGCUUAUUGCAAGCACAAUGUCGUUGGGCUUACACAGUGGCAUUUUGUUGGCUGUUCCCAUCCCUGAAGAACAUGCAGCAACAGGACAGCAGAUCGAAGAUGCCAUACAAACAGCUGUGUCUGAGGCCAGUUCAAAGGGGGUCACAGGAAGAGAUGUCACACCUUAUGUUCUUCAGCGUGUCAAUGUACUGACAAAGGGAAAGUCUUUGCAAGCUAAUAUAGCACUCAUCCAUAACAAUGCCAAAGUUGGCAGUAAAAUUGCAUGUGCCCUCUCUAAACACAAAGUCAAAGCCAGCUUCAAAGAAGACUUUAAGACACAGUCGACAAAGGGCCAGAAAACCAUUGUUAUAGGUGGAAUUAAUGUUGAUUUAAUUGCUAAAGGGACAACAAAGAAACUGCUGUUUGGCCAGACAAAUCCAGGAAGUGUGUGCCAGUCAUUUGGUGGAGUGGGCAGAAAUAUUGCUGACUGUUUGAGUCGUUUAGGACACAAACCUCUCUUCAUCUCUGCAGUUGGGAAGGACUCUCAUAGUGAUGCUGUGUUAAACUAUUGUAAGCACAUGGAUACGAGUGCAAUAGCAAAAUUAGACGAUCAGAAAACUGCAACCUAUUGUGCCGUCAUAAGUCAGUCUGGCGAGCUAAGCCUAGGAUUGGGCGACAUGGACAUCCAUCAGCGCAUACAAGAGCAGUAUGUUUCUCAGUAUGAGGAUCAGAUUGCAUCUGCAUCACUUGUAGUUCUUGAUGGGAACAUUCCUGUUUCCACCAUCGAUUACGUGUGUGGUAUCGCCAGGAAAUUCUCCAUCCCUGUGUGGUUCGAACCCACGGAUGCUGAUAAGGCAUGCAAACCCUUCCUGUCUGAGAGCUGGAAAUCGCUUUCAUACACUUCACCCAACCUGGCUGAGCUCUGCACUAUGAAUCAGACACUAGGUUUACCCAUUCCCAGAGAGUUGCCCAAGUCUCUCGAGGAUGUCUUGAGCUGUGUACCUGCUCUCUCUCGCCCUCUGCUGGACCAUCUGCACUGUGUGGUGGUUACUCUGGGGUCGCUGGGUGUGGUGGUAUGUGGAGAGCACGAGGCAGGGACCGUCAAUUUGCAACCAAGAAGGCAUAAGCUGAAAGGACAGUUGUGUGCUUUCUAUUAUCCUGCACUGGCAGUAAGUUCAGAAGAAACAGUAAAUGUGUCUGGAGCGGGUGACAGUUUUGCCGGAGCAAUGAUGGUCGGGAUCCUCCAAGGAAGAAACACAGACAGCUGUGUGCGAAUGGGGCUCCUUGCUGCCCGCACGUCCUUGUUGAGUCCUCACCCAAUAGAUCCAGCUUUAACAGUCGAUGCAAUCCAGCCAGAAGAGUCACCGGAUCAACUGUGGCCCAAACCUACAUGCAUGUGGAUUUAGGAUUGAGUUUUAUCUACUUUGCAUCUAAAGUAUACAGAUGUAAUCAAACGCGUGCAUUACAUUUAAGAGUAUUUUUGAUUGUGUAUGCAGGUCUUGUAUAUGUUUUAAUUACUUGAAGUUGUAUAUUGACUUCAUGUUCAAGCAAUCGGUCUAAACUUUACAAAUUCUUAAGCAAGACUAUUAAAAACUCUAAAUGCUACCUCAUGCAUAUAAGACAUUUCUGUUUUAAUAAAUUCAGUUUUCAUUUUGUAGUUUGCUUAGCAUUUUUCAGAUUUCCCCAUAAAAUAUUUCCUUAUUUAGUGAAAAUAUUUUAAUAAU